GUUCCAAGGUGACCUACCUUUUCACAGGCUUGAUUUGAUGGUGAGUACAAGUUGGAUCUGUAGGUUGUACAUACAUAACCUCAAUAAUCAAGCGAUGAGAACAAUUGUUAAUUCCUUGCUCACUUCAUCGAUUUUCGAUUCUCUCAGCGCUCAAACGCCUGCUAGACUGGAUCCAGCGAAGGGAUUGUCAUUUGUUUGGUUUUGUUCUUGUCAGAAGACUUCAUCAGCGCUCCUGAGCUUACAGUUUACUUUGUUUGCUUCGAUUUCAAGAAGCUCAGGUAUUCAUUUCAUUCACUGUAGUGGAGAUGCGGUAAAUAAGCACGCGUCCAUUCUGCAAUAAAAAUCAUUAUCUGCGCGAUUGGUCUAGCUGCACUCACUAUCAGUCAAGGCUGAGCAGCAAGCCACAGCAGCCAUGAUGCGGGUCUUGGAUACGACACUUUCGUUGCUCAUCCCAGCGCUCAUCAUCUUCCACCUCGUUGUGGCACCGUAUACAAAGGUCGAGGAGUCCUUCAACAUCCAAGCGACCCACGAUGUCCUCGUGUAUGGCACGCCCACCCAGGACAUCCACAAGAGACUAGCCAAUAGUUAUGAUCACUUUGAUUUCCCUGGUGCUGUGCCUCGCACAUUCAUCGGCCCAGUGCUGCUGGCUGGUCUGACGCAGCCCUUGGUUGCGCUCCUGGGCUUUGAACAUGCCCAGACUCUUGCCCGGGCCGUACUGGGACUCUUCAAUGCCUUUGCCAUCCUCAGGUUCAAGACAAAUCUCGGGCGUGCCUAUGGGCUGUCUGUUGCGAGGUGGUAUGCGCUGUUUCAGGCCAGCCAAUUCCAUGUGAUUUUCUACGCGUCGAGAACGUUGCCCAACAUGUUUGCAUUCGGUCUUACAACUCUUGCAUAUGCAUGUCUUGUACCGGCUCCGUCACCGAAACGAGCACUCCCUCGACAACGACUGGCUAUUUCACUCUUUGUCUGCGCCGCAAUCAUCUUUCGCUCGGAGAUUGCUCUCCUGCUGGCCACUAACGCUCUGUAUCUUCUGGUUGCCCCCAUGAUGCCCCUGCAGAAACUCAUCCCGCCAUUUGCCAUCUCCGUCAUCGCAGCUCUGCUCAUUUCUGUCCCAGUCGACUCGUACUUCUGGCAGAAGCCGAUCUGGCCAGAGCUCUGGGGCUUCUACUACAAUGCCAUCCUCGGUUCUUCAUCCAACUGGGGUGUCUCUCCGUGGCACUGGUACUUUACCUCGGCCCUGCCACGGCUCUUGAUGAAUCCUCUCGUUUUCGUUUCGUUGGCCGUUGCUCUGCGCCAGCCAGCAACGCGCAAAGGAGGUGCGAGGCUGCUUGUUUAUCCCAACAUCCUCUUCGUCGCGAUAUACUCCCUGCAGCCGCACAAGGAGACUCGUUUUAUCUUUUACGUUGUUCCGCCCUUGACGGCAGCGGCAGCACUCGGUGCGAACUUCAUCUUCACCCGCCGUUCUAAAAAUGCCAUGUACGCCUUGUCCAGCAUGGCAUUGGUACUGUCAGUUCCCGCCUGCCUCGUUGCUAGCACGGCAAUGCUCCUCAUUUCUUCGCUCAACUACCCCGGCGGUGAAGCCCUUGCGUAUCUUCGGGCGUACGUGGCCGUUGAUGACGCGACCAGAGCGACAGCCGGCGGAACCGCUACAGAGGUCUCGUCAUCAGGGCAGAUGGUGCCAGUCCAUGCUGACGUCCUGGCAUGCAUGACGGGCGUAACACUGUUUGGCACUACGACUGGCGAAGCAGCCGGCAUUGGUGCGCUCCCGUCGCUCCAUGCGCCCAGCCAUGCGGGGACCCAGGCCGGUUCAGGUGGUGAUAUCGGCGCUGAGCAAGGCCGGGGCGUGCUCCUGGCGUUGGACAAGACUGAGGACCGCAUCACGCUGAGAGAUCCGAGAUUCUGGCACCUGUUUGACUAUGUUGUUGUUGAGGACCCGCAAAAGGUCAAUGGUGCCAAAUGGGAUGAAAUUGGGAUUGUGGAGGGUUAUGCUGGUAUCGAAGUACUGCGGCCGGGUGCUGCUGCUCCCAACGGCGUGGGCAGUGACGAUAAGAGCCUCCGCGGCCCCGCGAUCGGGAGAGGCAAGCUUGUCCAUGACAUCAGGGAUCGGAUCAGAGGUCUCACAGGGGGCUGGUGGGUCGGACCGCGGAUGCGGCCACGGCUACACAUUUUGAAGCGCAUCAAGGGCGCCAAGCCGAUGAAGAGCGUCGCGUCCUGAGCCGACCUCGAUCGGGCACCUGGAACAGGAUUAAGGCCUCCAACUUUACAUAUCAGGCAUACCAGGGAACAUACUCAAGUCAUCCUUCAACAAAGUGAGUUGCAUUUGGCGAUAGGGUUGCCCUGUAGGGCAAAUGUGGUCCUGUAGUCGAGACAGUUCAUGUUACCUGCGCCACGUUUGACUAGAGCUCGAUUGUGUUUCGGAUUUAGCAUCCCGAGUGCGCUUACACAGCUUCUGACCCCAUACACAACAGCACAAGGCACGCAAACAACUUCAGAUUGGGGUUUGUUCUUCUAUACUAUUAUUCUCACCUGGUAGUUUUUCUUGGAGACAACAGAAAUGUGGUUCUUCAUCUGGAACCCGGUCUGGGGUGCUAAAAUAUACGAGUCAGCUACUCUAUAAUUGGAAGCCUAUGAUGAUUUG